UAAAUACUCCAAAUUUAGAAGUACUCUUUCUCCAAGCCAAUUUCUCAUCAUUUCAAGAAUUACAAAACCUUCCACCUCCACUCUUUCCCUACUGAAUUGCUAUAUUGCAAACCGAGUUUUCCAUCAACAAUAGUAAAAAAUGAAACAAAAGGUGAUUAUCAAAUUAUUCAUGGAUAGGAAUGAUCAGAGAUGUCGGACCAAGGCCUUCAAGAUUGCUGUUUCUCAACCAGGAGUGGAAUCAGCAGCCAUAAAGGGAGGUGAAAAUUACCAAUUAGAAAUAGUGGGAGAGCAUGUUGACCCAGUAGUUCUUACCAACUGCCUCAGGAAGAAAUUGGGCCAAGCCGAACUGGUGAGUGUUGUGUCCGUUGUUGCUGCAGGUUCUAACGCAAAUCCUGAAGCUUCAAAACCUGUGACGCCUCAGCCACAACCCUAUAGUUACCCCGAUUUUGGCGUACCUCAAUACCAAGUUUACGAAGUUAGAGACCCCAAUCCGGCUUGCUGCUCCAUUAUGUGAAUGUAAAUUACUUGGAUUAUAUUGUAUGAAACGGUUUGUAUUUUGGAGCUAUUGAUGAUCUAAACUAGUAGAACAUCGAUCACCUGUUUUGAUUUCCUUUUUGCAAAGUUUAAAUAUUCCUUUUUGGA